CGCCUUCCAAGAUUAGGCAGAUUCCAGGAUAUCCAUUGGACGAUACAGAGCACUAUAAAUAUCGAACACAUCGACUCCAUUCCUUUCAGUCUUCGCCUGAAAUCCGGAGUGGGAGUGGGAACGGGAGCGAAAUCGACUUUCCCUUUCCUUUCGUUCUACUCUUUCUUCCUUCCUUCGAUUCUUCAGGUGGUGACAUUUAUCUGCGAACAAUGGCCGCGUCUGUCAAGAUGAUGUCUCUUAUUGUCGCAGCUUUAGGUGUGAUAUCCUUUAUAUUUGGAGUCAUUGCUGAGAACAAGAAGCCUGCAUCUGGAACUCCCAUCCCAGGCAAAGGCAUCGUUAUCUGUCAGUAUCCGGGCGACCCAACUGUGGUCCUGGGAUAUCUUUCCGUUGCAUUUCUUCUUGCUUCUUCGAUUGCAGGAUACUUCUCUUUGUUCUAUCCCUACCAAGGAAAAUCCGUUCCUCGAGGUGCCAUGUUUAAGAGCAGCAGUUUCUCUGCUUUCUUCAAUAUUGCCCUGUUCACAACUGGACUGGCUAUAACUUUGCUCAUAUGGCCGACUGUCACCGAGCAACUUCACUUGACGCGCAAUGUUCAUCACAACAUCGAGACAGCAUGCCCAACCGCAAAAACCGGUCUUCUGGGCGGCGGUGCAUUUCUAUCUCUUGAUUCAUCCCUCUUCUGGUUGGUUGCGCUGAUGUUGGCUGGAAAUGCUCGUGAGGAUUACUUUGAUGAAAUAGCGGAAAAAGGAGGCAAUUCUGAAUCUCUUAAGAGCAGCGCAUGAAACCACUCUAUUUAAUGGGAAUAACAUUUCUGUUUCAUUUUACUUUGGAUUUUACUUGUCAUUAACUAUUAAGUAGGGGAUGUUUAAUUGUGAAUAUGGUAUUUUUCUCUAUACUCUAUAUAGUCUUACUGUUGAACAUUCCUCCUUGUGUUGUACUAAAUCCCCACUAAACCUUGUUCAUAAUCAACUUAAUAACAUAUUAGUACUAAGUUUUAAUUUAUA